AGAGAGAGAGAGAGCGAGCGCGCGCGUAAACUUGUGGUGCUGUACCGUGACUGUGAGCGUGCCGGGAUUCGAAUUUUGAAGAAUGGUGGAUCCGUACGCGCUUGGGUGGAGCUUUGCCUCCGUGUUGAUGGGGCUCGUGGCGCUUUACAUUCUGGUGGACAAGAAGAACCGCAGCAGAGUUUCUUCGGAGGCGAGAAGCGAGGGCGUGGACAGCGUCACCACGACCACCAGCGGAGAAUGCAGACUCACUGACGGUAAUGCCGACGUUAUCAUCGUCGGAGCCGGAGUCGCCGGUUCCGCUCUCGCUCAUACUCUUGGCAAGGAUGGACGUAGAGUUCAUGUGAUUGAAAGAGAUUUAACGGAGCCUGACCGAAUUGUUGGCGAAUUGCUACAACCUGGAGGCUACCUCAAGUUAAUUGAGCUGGGGCUUGAAGAUUGUGUGGAGGACAUUGAUGCUCAGCGAGUGUUUGGCUAUGCUCUUUUUAAGGAUGGGAAACAUACCCGACUCUCUUAUCCCUUGGAGAAAUUUCACUCAGAUGUGUCUGGCAGAAGCUUUCACAAUGGGCGAUUCAUACAGAGGAUGCGGGAGAAGGCUGCAUCCCUUCUGAAUGUUCGAUUGGAGCAAGGAACCGUUACUUCUUUGCUUGAAGAAAAUGGAACAGUUAAAGGUGUGCAGUACAAGACUAAAGAUGGCAAUGAACUGACUGCACAUGCACCUCUAACCAUUGUUUGUGAUGGCUGUUUCUCAAAUUUGCGUCGCUCACUUUGCAAUCCUCAGGUUGAUGUGCCCUCAUCUUUUGUUGGUUUGGUUCUGGAGAAUUGCGAACUUCCAUAUGCAAAUCACGGGCAUGUCAUACUAGCAGACCCUUCCCCCAUUUUGUUUUAUCCUAUUAGUAGCACAGAGGUACGAUGUCUGGUUGAUGUACCUGGAAAGAAAGUUCCAUCUAUUGCAAAUGGUGAAAUGGAAAAGUAUUUGAAGAACAUGGUGGCCCCUCAGCUUCCCCCUGAAAUAUAUGAUUCAUUUGUAGCUGCUGUCGAUAGAGGUAACAUACGGACAAUGCCAAACCGAAGUAUGCCGGCUGCCCCCCAUCCUACUCCUGGAGCCUUGUUAAUGGGGGAUGCAUUCAACAUGCGCCACCCGUUAACCGGCGGAGGAAUGACGGUGGCAUUGUCUGAUAUUGUCGUGCUGCGGGAUCUGCUCAAGCCUUUGCGAGACCUGAAUGAUGCACCCACACUCUGCAAGUAUCUUGAAUCCUUCUACACCUUGCGUAAGCCGGUGGCAUCCACAAUUAAUACUUUGGCGGGGGCCUUGUACAAGGUGUUUUGUGCAUCACCUGAUCGAGCGAGGAAGGAAAUGCGCCAGGCUUGCUUUGAUUAUUUAAGUCUUGGAGGUGUAUUCUCAAUGGGACCGGUUUCUCUACUCUCAGGGUUGAACCCUCGCCCAUUGAGCUUGGUUCUCCAUUUCUUUGCUGUUGCAGUUUACGGUGUUGGCCGCUUAUUGGUGCCCUUCCCUUCACCCUCACGCAUCUGGAUUGGAGCCAGAUUAAUUUCGGGUGCAUCAGCAAUCAUCUUCCCCAUAAUCAAGGCAGAAGGUGUUAGGCAAAUGUUCUUCCCUGCAACCGUUCCAGCUUAUUACAGAGCUCCACCUGUUAAGAGGGACCAUUAGAGAGAGCCAGAUGCCGUGAAAUAAUUUAGCCUACACUUCGCUGCUGUCAAGUCAGGCCAAUUUGUAUCAAUACCUCGAAAAUGAGAUUUGUAUCGAUACUCUUUUCGCUGUUGGACUGUGACUAUAUAGCAUAAAGAAAGUACAAUUUUCCUAAAUGUCCAUAAAUAUCGUCGAGUGAAAUUUAAUGGCGCUGUCUGAG